CACGCAUGCGCCCGGGGUAGUUGCCUGUCCACAUUACCCGCCUGGCGCCGGGAGGAGGAGCUUACGCUGCCGCUGCCACCUCCACUUCGUCCCGGCUGGCGCUUGGUCGUCUGUCCUCGCCCGGGCCCAGCCGCGCUGCGCUCCUCAUGAGCGGCGGCGGCUGAGGAAGCUUCGCCCCAAGCGGAGGUGAGGUUCAAAUUGCCAAACACAGGUUUUCUUUUCACUUUUGAAGCAUUCUGGUUGAUCAUCUUUUCAUCCUUAAGCACCUCCAGAUUAAUUUACUAGUUUCGGAACCAUGGCAACAGAAGAAAAGAAACCAGAGGCAGAAGCCACAAAAACACAGUCUACACCUUCUUCAUCAACCAAUCAGAGCAAGCCUGCACCUGUAAAGCCAAACUACGCAUUAAAGUUCACACUAGCAGGACACACUAAAGCUGUAUCUUCAGUAAAAUUUAGUCCAAAUGGAGAAUGGUUAGCAAGUUCUUCUGCAGAUAAGCUCAUUAAAAUUUGGGGAGCAUAUGAUGGAAAAUUUGAGAAAACAGUAUCUGGACACAAACUGGGAAUCUCAGAUGUUGCUUGGUCUUCAGACUCCAAUCUUCUUGUGUCUGCUUCUGAUGAUAAAACGCUUAAGAUAUGGGAUGUUAGCUCUGGGAAGUGUCUGAAAACGCUGAAGGGUCACAGUAAUUAUGUCUUUUGUUGCAACUUUAAUCCCCAAUCCAAUCUCAUCGUUUCAGGCUCUUUUGAUGAAAGUGUAAGGAUAUGGGAUGUGAAAACAGGAAAGUGCCUCAAGACUUUACCUGCUCAUUCUGAUCCAGUUUCAGCUGUUCAUUUUAAUCGCGAUGGAUCCUUGAUAGUGUCAAGUAGUUAUGAUGGUCUCUGUCGAAUUUGGGAUACAGCAUCAGGCCAAUGUUUAAAAACACUUAUUGAUGAUGAUAAUCCUCCUGUGUCUUUUGUGAAAUUCUCUCCAAAUGGUAAAUAUAUUCUUGCUGCAACUCUGGACAACACUCUUAAGCUAUGGGACUACAGCAAAGGGAAGUGCCUGAAGACAUACACUGGUCACAAGAAUGAGAAAUACUGCAUUUUUGCUAAUUUUUCAGUAACUGGUGGAAAGUGGAUUGUGUCUGGGUCAGAAGAUAACCUGGUUUACAUUUGGAACCUUCAGACAAAAGAGAUUGUACAGAAAUUACAAGGCCAUACAGAUGUUGUGAUUUCAACAGCUUGUCACCCUACGGAAAACAUCAUUGCAUCAGCUGCGUUAGAAAAUGACAAAACGAUUAAACUCUGGAAGAGUGACUGUUAAGCCCUUUUGAUGUUAGAGACUCUAUCAAGAAGUAGAUCCUAUGAGGCAAGAAACGAAAAUAUUUGAGAAUGGUUUCUUGGCCUAAAGGAAAAUCCCCUUUUUUUUCUUCCCUGAAAUGGGUAGCCUGUGAGAAGAGGCAGCAUCUGCCUUAUUUGACAAAUGAAUCCUUUUCUUAUUUUUUUUGUUAAGGGGAAAAAAUUUGCUUGUAUUACUAGAAGGUCCCAAAAGACUUUGGUGAUGCUUCUUGCCAACUCUCCCGAUGCUGUCAAAGGAAGAGUUUCAAUCUAUAUUGUGUAUAAAUAGAGUCAGCAAAAACCUGAAUUUUUAAUUUUUUUAUUACAGAAGGAUAAAUUUCAUUUCAUCAAUGAAUUUCUCCUCAACUAAGUGUUCUGUAAUUUUUUUAAAGAUAUCACUUACACUUACCCACUUCUAACUCUGUGACCAAAUACAGCCAUGUAAGUUUUUGGCUUUCUAUCCCCCAGUUUCACUGACCUUGUAGUGAAAUAUCUUUUAAUCUUCUGUAUAGUUUUACCUCUUGCUAUGUAUGUUUAAUAGAUACUAUUAUAUCACAAGUUGUCUACUCCCUCUCCCCUCCCUUCCCCCAACCAUUAAUUCCUGCUUGUAGAAGUUUGCAGCACAUUUUCAAGUCUUUCUGGGGAAAACAAAACAAAACUCAGAACAUUGUAAAGUUUUUUCAAUGUAAAGACAAUUUUGUAUCUUUAAAGUUCAUAGUAUGGAACUGUUAAUGGCAUGACUGUAUACUUCAGCCUCAAUAUUUUCCCGUUUGUCACACUAUUGUUUACACAUCUGACAGUACCAUGUGCUGUAAUAAAAAGGUGGGAUUUUGUGUA